CAUGAGGCUACCACCACAUCUGUGGCUACUUUGUCUAUCCUUCGUGAACUUCAGUUCAGCAACUCAGACAAAUGAGGUCUACAACGAAGAACUGACAUUGCGACCUCUGUCGGAUGGGAAGCUCUCUGCUCGAUUCGCUUUCAAAACACUACUCAAAGAUGUAGCCCCUCGUGUACCACAUAGUCUAGGGACGGAUGAUACUUCACAACAUUAUACCUUGUUCCCUCUGGCACUCGGACAGAUCUUACGUGAAUACGCCAUCACAGAGCUUCACCUAACGCUGAAUGCUGGGAAGUGGGAUUAUGACCGGUGGGGAUACCCAGACGAGUCUAGCGUUGGCAGUGGUGCAGAGUUGUGGGCAUGGAUGGGAGACGGUGCACCAUCCAGUAUCGACGAACGAUGGCAAGGUAUGCAAAAUGCGCUUGCAGGUCUCUUCUGCGCCUCCUUGAACGGAAUGGACAACCAACGCACAACAUCCCCCACACGCGCCUUUCCUCCCUCUGGUGAUCUUCCCCUACUUCCUUCGCCACAUACCCAUGCUCUACGCCACGCGACCCUAGCCGCAGAACACGUCUGUACUGAAAACCUCACACCGUUCCUGAAGCUCUUGCCUUGUCCUGGACGCGCAGGGAUUGCGGCUUUGCUUGCGCCACAUAAGAUAUUCGAUACGAACUGGCAUGGACUGGGAGUACAUGUCAGGUGGAAGGCAGGAGAGGGAGUCGAGUUGGUAUUAGCGGUUCAGGCAGUAUUUGAUCCUGUGAGGAGCUCUGGUGACGACAAGAGAGACUGGGGCUUUCGGAGUAUAUUCGACCGAACAAUACCUCGAGCAUGUCCUGUAGCGAAUUCCAGCGAAAUACAUGUCGAACUACCGUCAAACAUAGGUCCAGGUUUUUCAUUGACACCGGAGCCGUUGUCGGUCACGGAUAAGAUAGCCACGUACGAUGUCACCUCAGACAUCCAGGAACUAGAUGUGGUCAUGAAAUGGCCUGAGGAAGGAGCGUUCACAUACCCCCUCGACUUCUCUUCACUCACCGACUUUUCCGUACAACGCACACUGAAGGGUACCAGUCAAUCUCACGGAAAGAUCUCGCUCGUCAUACGCAACAACCGUGCUUCCGAGAUCCAAGUUUUGUAUCUCGAAACUAUGCCCUGGCAUGUCGAAUUCUAUCUUCAUACCCUUCGCCUUGAAUGCCAUUAUCCAGAGACUAUACCCUGUGACCAUCUUCUGUCGAACCUAACAUACACGCCGCCAGUACCUCAUGACCGUCCCGCUCUCCUGCAAACCAUCCUUACCCUACCACCGCUGACCACCGUUCACUUACAUGCAAACAUCCGCAAGUCUUUCCUCCGGUAUACAGAACACCCACCAGAUGCGCAGCGCGGCUGGGAUCUCCCACCAGCCGUCUUCGUGCCCCUUACCUCUGUCGACGGACCCUCAUCCUCAAUAAACACUUCAGAGGGUUCUCAUCCCCAAGCGCAUGGACGAUCAUCAAGAGCGAGGAGCUGGGACGGCGUUCGUCGGCUCUAUACCCCUGUCCUCCUGGUGGAGCUCGCCACACCGGAUUUCAGCAUGCCAUACAACGUGAUCAUCAUGAGCUGCACUCUUAUCGCACUGAUAUUUGGGAGCUUCUUCAACCUCUUAACGAGGAAGUUUGUGGUUGUGAAGAUACCUGCUGCUAGUGCGAAGGAGAAGGAGGAAGAUAAGAAAGAGGAGGCAGUGAUGGCUGCGGCGAACUUGGUGGAAGAAAGGGAGGUGGAAAAAGGAGAUGAAGCGGAGAAGUGACCGGUUCUUCGGCUCGAAAUUAGUCAUUGCUUUACAGGAUAUCUC